CUCCGCAACGUUUGCAAACGGGGCAAACGCUGCCGGUUCCGUCACCCCGACAUCAACGAAGUCACCAAUUUGGGCGUCCGGAAAAACGAAUUUAUCUUUUGCCACGAUUUUCAAAACAAAGAGUGCGUCCGUCUCAACUGCCGCUUCAUCCACGGCACCAAAGAGGACGAGGACUGUUACAAAAAAACCGGGGAGCUCCCCCCGCGCCUGCGGCAGAAAGUGGCCGCCGGUUUAGGCCUCUCCCCCGCCGAUUUGCCCAACAGCAAAGAGGAGGUGCCCAUCUGCAGGGAUUUCUUGAAGGGCGACUGCCAACGCGGCGCCAAGUGUAAAUUCCAGCACCUCCAGAGGGACUACGAGUACGAAACGCGGGGCAUGGCCGCCCGGGAGCAGGGCAUCGUCCCCGCCGGCCGCCGUUACGACCCUUACGACGCCAUCUACGACCCCGACCGUUACGACGACCACGACCCCGUCUUGAAACGGCGACGGGUGGACGGGCUGCACUUCGAAAGCUACGAGUACAGUUUCUCCAACCCCAGGACGGUGGAGUACAGGCUGCUGGAGGAGGAGAACGUCAUGCUGCGCAAGAGGGUGGAGGACCUCAAGAAACAGGUCAACAACCUCUUGGCCACCAACGAGGUCUUGUUGGAGCAGAACGCCCAGUUCCGUAACCAGGCCAAGGUGAUGACGUUGAGCUCCACGGCCACGGCCACCGAGCAGACUCUGGCCCCCACCGUGGGCACCGUCACCAACUACAACCACAGCAUCGCCCAGACCCACACCACGCUCAGCAGCCAGGCCCUCCAACCCCGACCUGUCACCCAACAGGAUUUGGUGGCCCCCGCCGGCGCCCAGGCGGCUCCCCCCGCCAACGCCGCUCCCCCCAUGAACCCCGAAAUCACCCCGCUUUCGGCCGCUUUGGCCCAAACCAUCGCCCAGGGUAUGGCCCCCCCAGUCUCCAUGGCUCCGGUGGCCGUUUCGGUGGCCCCGGUGGCCGUCUCCAUGGCCCAACCCUUGGGGGGGAUCACCAUGAGCCACGCCACCACCCCCAUGGUGACCUACCCCAUCGCCUCCCAGAGCAUGAGGAUAACGGCCAUGCCCCACUGACCCCCCCGAGCCCCCCGCCGAACUGAGCCCCCGGGGGCGGCGGGAGGAGGAGGAGGAGGAGGAGGAAGGACAGACAGACCCUCCCGGGACAGACGUGGGGGGGUGCCGUGACCCCCCCACCCCACCCUGGGGUGUCGCUCCUCGGUCCGGCACCGGUGAAACCUCCACGGAGGGAGGGG